CACAACUUUCUCAAUUCCCUCUACCCUUAACCCCCUGGCCCUGAUUCUUGCCUAGGGUCAGUCCCUACGGGCUCUCGUCAAUGCUUUCACGCAGUCGGCCAUAUCUCACGAGGCGCAGAUUACCUGCUGUCCUGGACCACGUCGCGACUGCUCCCGAUGAGCCACUCCUCUUUCUUUACCCAUCCUGGUUUACGUCUCUGCCCGCGCAUCGGGGGUCGGCCUUGACAAGAAACCCCGCCCUUAGUUUAUCCAGACAAUAUCAUCGCCCUAGCAAACGUGGGCCCAAUGCGCCCCGACUCUCCCCGCAGUCCUCGACCGGAAAUUAUUCGUCUAGACAAAUAACCUCUUCUUCCAUUGCCGUCGGAAGACGUGGCUUGGACAAGGAAGCUACAAAGCCUGCAGCAAAGCCUCAAGCUUCACGGACGUCGCCUCUCCCUCAACCGACGUCCGACAACACUUCGAGAUGGACGCCACCGCGGGUAAGAAGUCUUGCCGCGCUGUCUUCGAUCUCGCCCCGCGAUAAAAAGAAACUACAAUACCGACAAUCCGAACUCGACAACACGCGCAAAAACCAACAGAAAACGAUAGAGAGACGGUGGAAGGACCAGGCUGCGGUUUACGAGAGGAUGCUCCGGAUGAAUCGAGCAAUUCCGGCAAAUGCUCCGUUGAAGUCCAACCAGCUGGAGCUAUAUCUAAGGGAGGAGACGAUCGCCGAAUUCGCCGGCUUGGUGUCGAGGGGCGAGAACAUCUUCUAUCGCCAUGUGUAUCACGGGUGCAAGGUGCAUGUUAAGCCGCCUUCGGAAAGCGUCGGGAUGUGUCGCCGGGUGAUCUUGGAGGGUCGACCGGCGGCCGUGGAGGAGGUCAAGAAAGAACUGCUGGAGAUCGGGACCCUGCAAGAUGAAUAUGAUCCGGUCGUCGACAUGCGUAAACCGGUGGUUCCCAUCUACCCUCGGGUUGACCGACGGAUACACAAAGACAUACCCUUGGUUCGCGGCACGUGGGAUAUGCCCAAGGAUCCCACGGAGUUCACUGUGGAUCAGAUUAUCCGCCAGGGUGAGCUCCUAGCUACUGUGAGGGACUUUACGCACCACGUGGAGGAUCUCAUUACGUCUUGGCCCAACUCCAGGGAGCAGCCGGGUAAGCACGGUGCGGAUGUGGCCGAUGCUCUCGAGACGCUUUUCCUGAAAAGCGCCCGCAAAGAAUUGACAUCAACAGCGUCGUUGAAUCAAGCCCUGUCGUUCUUGCUAGAGCGCAAGCAGUAUUGGAUUGCACACCAGAUUUUCCACUCCGCGAAACAUGUUGCAACCGUGGAAACCUUCAACAUGAUGCUCAGGUCGACGGCCCUCGAGCAGAACCUGAAGCGGUUCAGGAACCUCUUGCAUGGUAUGGAAAAUCUGGGCAUCCGCGCAGAUGUCGAGACCUGGCUUGCUUAUGCUGACUGCUUUGUUUCUCCAACCAAGAAGAUGGCAGUAGUGAACAGUCUACGGCAGCGAGGGAUGCUGCAGGAGACCACGCUGCAGCGGACAGCGUUGCGCGCGGUGUUACACGACUUACUGGUGGAGCAUCUCCAUAACGGCGGCGACAUGAACUCUUUUCUGGAAAAGAUAGCCCGGGACUGGGACAGCACGAUGUGGAGCCCGAGUAUGGUCAACCAGAUGAUGUGCGCCGUCAUGCGAGUGAAUCAUCUAAAGGCGAGAGAUCAGCUGUUCCAAUUCUGCAGGCAGAAUGGCUUACGUAUCGAGCCUUACACUUUCUAUCUUCUCGUGGGCACAUGCAACAAGGGCAACAUCCUUCAGGCCCUGCAAUACAUGUACCAGACCAUGGAGGAUCCGGCGCGAGAACUCAACGUCGCCGGCUGGACGCGACUCUUCCUACACGCAUGGCACGGCGGAUACUACAACAUUUGCCGUGUCUUAUGGCGGUAUGCCUGCAUGAGAGGACAUGCGGCUUCACGCAUUGCCGAGCGAGUCUAUGAAUCCCUGCUGCACGAAGCUGGCCCGGAGACAACCUUCCGCAGGGCUGUCGCGGCGCGGCUCAUCCUCGGAAUCGAUCUGGGGUCGCCCAGGCCAACCUCGGGCGGGAGGUUUUAUAAGCUCAAAGGCUUGCCGGCCGAAUAUUCCGCAGACCCGGUGAAGUAUCUGUGCAUCCAGGUUGAUCCUACGGAGCGGAAUAACCAGCUGAAUGUCAGCGAGGCGAUCCUUGCUCGCGAUAUGGAUGUGGCACGAUUUUACAAACCUCAGGUAUCACUUCGGGCGAUGCUCGACGCUGCGACCAUUGUGGAUCUCGAAUGGAAGGAACUGGCUCGCGAGAAGGCUUUCGCUCGCGAGGAGCCUCUGACCCUCGAAUGGAUGCGCGACAACAUCAUCCAGGUUAAAUUACUCCCGCAUGACCGCCAGGACGAGAAGAAAAAGAAGCAGAAGCAGCUGCAGCAGCGGUGGCGGCGGCGGUGAGUGACUUCCGCUGCCCCGAUUUUGUCCUGCGCCAUCUUGUGGUCCUGGUUUUCUGCUAGGCCUUACACAUUUGCCAUGAUCAUGAGCCAUAACUCAUCACUCACCCACCCAUCCACCCACCUCUUGG